AUGUCUGAAGACUCUAACUCUGUAUCAGAGGAAGAACGAAGUCUGUUCCGUCCGUUCACGCGGGAAUCCUUAGCAGCAAUCGAGACUCGCAUCGCCGAGGAGCAUGCAAAACAAAAGGAGCUUGAGAAGAAGAGAGCGGAAGGGGAGGUACGCUCCAUUUUAUAUUUCGACACCCCGCGUUAUGGACGGAAGAAAAAGAAAAAAGAAGUGCGAUACGAUGACGAAGACGAGGACGAAGGACCUCAGCCGGAUCCGAUGUUUGAGCAAGGGGCGCCCAUUCCGGUCCGAAUGCACAACGAAUUUCCCCCAGAACUGGCCUCCACCCCGCUUGAAGAUAUCGACAGCUUUUACCACAAUCAGAGGACAUUCGUGGUCAUCAGCAAGGGAAAAGACAUAUUUAGAUUUUCCGCGACGGACGCGAUGUGGAUCCUCGACCCGUUCAAUCCGAUACGACGGGUGGCUAUCUACAUUUUGGUUCAUCCACUGUUUUCCGUAUUCAUCAUCACCACGAUUUUGGUUAACUGCGUACUCAUGAUCAUGCCCACAACGCCCACCAUCGAAUCCACUGAAGUGAUAUUUACGGGCAUCUACACAUUUGAGUCCGCCGUUAAGGUGAUGGCGAGGGGUUUCAUUCUGCAGCCUUUUACCUAUCUUAGAGAUGCAUGGAAUUGGCUCGACUUCGUAGUUAUAGCUUUAGCUUAUGUGACGAUGGGCAUAGAUCUAGGAAACCUUGCCGCUCUCAGGACAUUUCGAGUCCUCCGAGCCUUGAAGACUGUCGCUAUUGUACCAGGUCUGAAAACUAUAGUCGGCGCUGUGAUAGAAUCCGUAAAAAACCUGCGCGAUGUGAUAAUCCUUACGAUGUUCUCCCUGUCCGUCUUUGCACUAAUGGGCCUUCAAAUUUACAUGGGGGUGUUGACGCAGAAGUGCAUUAAGAACUUCCCAGAAGACGGCUCCUGGGGCAACCUCACUGACGAGAACUGGGUGCGAUUUGUUAGUAACGAAACUAAUUGGUACGUGGACGAAGGUGGAAAUAUGCCUUUAUGCGGAAACUCAUCAGGAGCUGGGCAGUGCGAGCCCGGUUACACGUGUUUACAAGGGUUUGGACCGAACCCGAACUACGGUUACACGAGCUUCGACACCUUCGGAUGGGCCCUGCUUUCGGCUUUUCGUCUAAUGACUCAAGAUUACUGGGAGAACCUGUACCAGCUGGUGCUGAGAUCGGCUGGACCAUGGCACAUGCUGUUCUUCAUAGUUAUCAUUUUCUUAGGCUCUUUCUACCUCGUCAACUUGAUCCUCGCCAUUGUCGCGAUGUCAUACGACGAGUUGCAAAAGAAAGCAGAAGAGGAGGAGGCAGCUGAGGAGGAAGCUAUAAGGGAAGCGGAAGAAGCAGCUCUGGCAAAGGAGAACAAACUUGCUGCGCAGGCUGCAGCGAAGGAAGCGGCUGCUGCAGCCGCUGCAGUCGCUGCAGAACAGAUCGCCAAGUCUCCCUCGGACUUCUCUUGCCAGAGCUACGAAUUGUUUGUAGGCCAGGAAAAGGGGAACGACGACAACAAUAAGGAGCGAAUGAGCAUACGGUCGAUCGAGUCGGUGAGCGAGCACAGAGUGAAAGCGAGCAACAACAAUCACACCACAACCACCACCACCACCACCACCAAAGUACGAAAAGUCAGUGCCGCGAGCCUCAGCCUGCCAGGUUCUCCGUUCAACUUGCGAAGAGGAAGUCGAGGCAGCCAUCAAUUUACCAUCAGAAAUGGACGCGGUCGUUUCGUGGGGCCUCCAGGAGGAGACCGGAAACCGCUCGUCCUUUCGACUUAUCUCGACGCUCAGGAACACCUGCCCUAUGCCGACGACUCCAACGCCGUCACACCCAUGUCCGAGGAAAAUGGCACCAUCGUCGUGCCGGUUUAUUACACGAGUUUAGGUUCUCGACACUCCUCGUACACUUCUCACGCCUCCAGGCUCUCUUACACCUCCCAUGGGGAUCUUCUUGGUGGAAUCGCCAGCGCGGGCAAACCCAUGACCAAGGAAAGUAAACUCAGAAGUAGGUCCGCCAGGCCGCCCUCCGUUAACGACCACGUCGCUGAUUCUAAUCAGAAGCACCACUUCGUGAGUAUGAACUUCAAGUUUGACUGUAAGGAUGCUUUUGCUGUGUCGAAGGACGGGGACGCGGAGGACCCGAUGGGCAAGACGAAGCAGCAAGACAAUCCGUUCAUCGAACCCUCGCAGCAACACGCCGUAGUUGACAUGAAGGAUGUGAUGGUGCUAAACGACAUUAUCGAGCAAGCUGCUGGUCGGCAGAGUAGGACCUCGGACCACGGAGUUUCGAUCUAUUACUUCCCGACAGACGACGAUGAGGAAGGUCCGACCUUCAAGGAAAAGUUAUUGACGUUGUGCCUGCGUUGCAUCGACAUUUUUUGCGUCUGGGACUGCUGUUGGGCGUGGCUCAAGUUUCAAGAAUUCGUGGCCCUGGUGGUCUUCGAUCCCUUCGUCGAGCUCUUCAUCACCCUCUGCAUCGUAGUUAACACCCUCUUCAUGGCGCUGGACCACCACGAGAUGGACAAGGACAUGGAAAGGGUCCUGAAAUCCGGAAACUACUUCUUCACGGCAACAUUCGGCAUCGAGGCUACGAUGAAACUGAUAGCGAUGAGCCCGAAGUACUACUUUCAGGAGGGAUGGAACAUCUUUGACUUCAUCAUAGUCGCUCUGUCGCUUUUGGAGUUGGGACUCGAAGGUGUGCAGGGGCUUUCGGUGCUGCGGUCGUUCAGAUUGCUGAGGGUGUUCAAGCUGGCGAAGUCAUGGCCGACGUUGAACCUUUUGAUAUCCAUCAUGGGUAGAACUGUGGGCGCCCUGGGUAACUUGACCUUCGUGCUCUGCAUCAUCAUCUUCAUCUUCGCCGUGAUGGGAAUGCAGCUCUUCGGCAAGAAUUACACCGAUAGCGUGGAUUUAUUCCCCGAUGGCGUCCUACCCAGAUGGAACUUCACCGACUUCAUGCACUCGUUCAUGAUCGUCUUUCGAGUACUAUGUGGAGAAUGGAUCGAGUCCAUGUGGGACUGCAUGUUGGUUGGGGACGUUUCCUGCAUCCCGUUCUUCCUGGCUACCGUGGUCAUCGGUAACCUGGUCGUUCUGAACCUCUUCUUGGCGUUGCUCUUGAGCAACUUCGGGUCCUCCAAUCUGUCCGCACCCACCGCGGACAAUGACACCAACAAAAUCGCUGAGGCCAUAGACAGGAUAGCUCGCUUCAUCAAGUGGGUCAAGCGAAAUCUCCUUUACCUGGCUAAGUUGAUGCGAGCCAAGUUCACCAACCAGAUAUCCGAUCAGGCGCCAGGUGAGGGACCCCGGGUUUUGCGUUCCGUUCUUGCUGAACACGGAGAUCUAGACCUUGCAGAUGGAGAAUUGGACGCGUACAGGGAUAAGAAAAGCGCCAAAGACCUGAGCAAUCAAUUGGAGGUCGCCAUUGGCGAUGGAAUGGAAUUUACGAUUCACGGGGACCUGAAGAACAAGCUGAAGAAAGGGAAGCUCUGCAUGAACAACACGAAGGCCAUUGUUAAUUCGAUCAACCAUCGGGACAACAGAAUAGAGCACGAGUAUAUCAAUCACCACGAAGAGGACACCAUAAGCAACAAAUCCUAUGGGAGUCAUAAAAAUCGACCCUUCAAAGACGAGAGCCACAAGGGGAGCACCGAUUCCUUGAACGAGGAGGAGAAGAAAGAUGCCAGUAAGGAGGACUUUGAAGCGGAAGAUCUAGAAGAUGAAUGCGAGGAAGGCGAGAGAGAUCUGGGCGGCGAGAUCAUCCAGGCUGACGAGGACAUCAUCGAGGACUCGCCGGCCGAUUGUUGUCCAGACAAUUGUUACAAAAAAUUCCCCUUCCUGGCCGGCGACGACGACGCGCCGUUCUGGCAAGGUUGGGCGAACCUGAGGUUGAAGACUUUUCAGCUGAUCGAGAACAAGUACUUCGAAACUGCCGUCAUAACGAUGAUCCUGCUGAGCAGCUUAGCCCUCGCUCUAGAAGACGUCCACCUGCAGCAGCGCCCGAUCCUCCAAGACAUCCUCUACUACAUGGACCGGAUCUUCACGGUGAUCUUCUUCAUCGAGAUGUUGAUCAAGUGGCUGGCCCUCGGCUUCAAGAAGUACUUCACGAACGCCUGGUGCUGGCUGGACUUCAUCAUCGUCAUGGUGUCGCUCAUUAACUUCGUAGCGUCGCUUUGCGGCGCGGGCGGGAUUCAAGCCUUCAAAACUAUGCGGACCCUAAGGGCCCUAAGACCGCUCAGGGCGAUGUCUAGAAUGCAGGGGAUGCGGGUCGUCGUCAACGCGCUGGUUCAAGCCAUUCCAUCUAUCUUCAACGUGCUGCUCGUCUGCCUUAUAUUCUGGCUCAUCUUUGCCAUCAUGGGGGUUCAACUGUUCGCCGGGAAGUAUUACAAGUGCGUGGACGCGAACAAGACGACCCUGAGCCACGAAAUAAUCCCCGACCGCAACGCCUGUAUAGCCGAGAAUUAUACGUGGGAAAAUUCUCCGAUGAACUUCGACCACGUCGGGAAAGCAUAUUUAUGUUUAUUUCAAGUGGCGACAUUCAAAGGGUGGAUACAAAUCAUGAACGACGCGAUCGACUCCAGAGAACUGCACAAGCAACCGAUACGAGAAACGAAUAUCUACAUGUACCUUUACUUCGUGUUCUUCAUAAUAUUCGGAUCAUUUUUUACACUGAACCUAUUCAUUGGAGUUAUCAUCGAUAACUUCAACGAGCAGAAGAAGAAGGCGGGGGGCUCCCUGGAAAUGUUCAUGACGGAGGACCAGAAGAAGUACUACAACGCGAUGAAGAAGAUGGGCAGCAAGAAACCUCUGAAGGCGAUUCCACGACCGAGGUGGAGGCCUCAGGCGAUAGUGUUCGAAAUAGUGACGGACAAAAAGUUCGAUAUGAUCAUCAUGUUGUUCAUCGGGAUGAACAUGUUGACGAUGACGUUGGACCAUUAUCAGCAGAGUGACACGUUCAGUAACGUGCUGGAUUACCUGAACAUGUUCUUCAUAGUGAUAUUUACCAGCGAGUGUCUGAUGAAGAUCUUCGCCCUGCGCUACCACUACUUCAAGGAGCCGUGGAACCUCUUUGAUUUUGUUGUCGUUAUAUUAUCAAUAUUAGGUUUGGUGUUGAGCGACAUAAUAGAGAAGUACUUCGUCUCCCCAACUCUGCUCCGAGUAGUCAGAGUGGCCAAAGUCGGCCGAGUGUUGCGUUUGGUAAAAGGAGCCAAGGGUAUCCGAACGCUCCUCUUCGCCUUGGCCAUGUCGCUGCCAGCCCUGUUCAACAUUUGCUUGCUGCUGUUCUUGGUCAUGUUCAUCUUCGCGAUUUUCGGCAUGUCGUUCUUCAUGCACGUGAAGGAUAAAAGCGGACUGGAUGACGUAUACAACUUCAAGACGUUCGGGCAGUCGAUGAUACUGCUCUUCCAGAUGUCAACCUCCGCCGGCUGGGACGGCGUGUUGGACGGCAUCAUCAACGAAGAGGACUGCCAGGAGCCGAACAACGAGAUCGGUUACCCAGGAAACUGCGGAUCGUCAACGAUCGGGAUCGCAUACUUGCUCUCGUACCUAGUGAUAAGUUUCUUGAUCGUGAUCAACAUGUACAUCGCGGUGAUCCUGGAGAACUACUCUCAAGCGACGGAAGACGUGCAAGAAGGCCUGACCGACGACGACUACGACAUGUACUACGAAAUCUGGCAGCAGUUCGACCCCGACGGGACCCAAUACAUCAGAUACGACCAGCUCUCCGAUUUCCUCGACGUCCUGGAGCCCCCUCUGCAGAUCCAUAAGCCGAAUAAGUACAAGAUCGUCUCGAUGGACAUCCCCAUAUGUAAGGGCGACCUUAUGUUUUGCGUGGAUAUCCUCGACGCCCUUACCAAGGACUUCUUCGCGAGAAAGGGCAACCCGAUCGAGGAGACGACGGAGCUCGGCGAGGUGCAAACCCGCCCAGGCGAGGUCGGCUACGAGCCAGUCUCCUCGACCCUCUGGAGGCAACGGGAGGAGUACUGCGCUCGGCUGAUCCAAAACGCCUGGAGGAAGCACAAGCAACAGCGCCUGGGCGGACCUAGCGAGGAGAGCGACGACCCGGACACCGACCCCCGGGUCCGGCAGACCGCCGUCCUCGUCGAGAGCGACGGUUUCGUCACGAAGAACGGGCACCGGGUCGUCAUCCACAGCCGCUCGCCGAGCGUCACCUCGCGCACUGCGGACGUUUGAUCGUGGCCGCGCUAACGCACUACUAC